AUGGCUCCAUCAAGUGGUGAUCAUGCAGCGAAUGUACCGUCUUUAUCAACAAGAACAACUAAACAUCAACCGACCAUGGGUCUUCUUGAUGCUAUUAAUCUUCUUUUAGCAUGUAUUAUUGGUUCAGGUAUAUUCAUUAGUGCUAAAGCAGUACUUGAAUUUUCUGGUUCCUAUGGUUUUUCGAUUGUUGUUUGGAUUAGUUGUGGUAUACUUUGUAUUAUGGGAGCUUUAUGUUAUGCCGAACUUGGUUGUGCAUAUGUAUCAUCAGGUGGUGAUUAUACAUAUCUUCGAGUAGCAUUUGGUAAUUUUGUUGGUUUUCUUCGUGUUUGGGUUGAAGUUGCAUUAUCACGACCAAUGAUUGUUGUUUUAAGUGUUUUAACAGCAUCAAAUUAUCUUGUUUAUUGGUUUUAUCCAACAUGCCCGGCACCUGAUAAAUUAAUUAAAUGUCUUUCGUCAUUUCUUUUAUUAAUUGUUGGUUUUAUUAAUUUAACAUCAGCAAAAUGGACAAAUGGUCUUCAUCAAAUAUGCAAUAUUUUUAAAAUUGUUUCUCUAUUACUUGUUAUCGGCUGUGGUUUUUAUAAUAUGUUUCGUGGUCGAGUAGAAAAUUUUGCUGAACCAUUUGAAGGUUCAACCUAUGGAAAAGUCACAAGUGCACUUUAUGCCGGUCUAUUUCCUUAUUCCGGAUGGAAUUAUUUAAAUAAUGCAAUUGAUGAUCUAAAAGAUCCCAAACGAACAUUACCACGUUCAAUUGUUAUUUCACUUUUACUUUGCAUUUUUGUCUACUUCCUCACAUUCAGUUCUUAUUUCACAGCUUUAUCAGCAUAUGAGAUUUUAAUGUCUGAUGCAACAGCUGUUAGUUUUGCCGAACGAGUAUGGAGACCACUAUUAUAUGUUAUACCCAUUGGUGUAACAAUGUCAUGCGUCGGAGCUGCAUCCGGAAAUAUCUUUACUAUUGGACAAAUGUUUAAUGUUGCUGGUCGUGAUGGUCUUAUGCCACAUAUAUUUUCCAUGAAACAUUAUGAAACAAAUGUACCUAUGAUUGCAAUUCUAUGCGAACUUAUUCUUAGUUUUGUUUUUCUUUUCUUCAUGACGAAUAUUGGACAAUUGAUUAUUUGUGUUGGUAUGAUCAACUGGAUAUGUAUUUUACUAGCUGCUAUUGGUUUAAUCGUUCUUCGUUUUAAACAUCCAGAUCGUGAACGACCAAUAAAGAUCCCAUUACCAAUUCCAAUAUUAUUUAUUAUAAGUUUAGUUGUUCUUAUUGUAGCAAGUGCAAUACAAGACGUCAAAAAUAUUACUACAUCUUUGCUAUUAUUAGCAACAGCAAUACCUGCAUAUAUAUUUGGUGUUAUGUGGAAAAAUAAACCCAAGAGUUUUACUCGUCAAUAUAAUUCAUUUGCAAUCAUGUUACAAAAAGUAUUUCAUGUCGUUCACGAUGAACAUACCGAUUAA